UAGAUUAUUUACGAGAAAGAACGAAGUGGAUUUAGCGAGUGUUUACGACUUCUUGACAAACGACUCAACGGUCAUCGGAUUUUUGUUCGUUGUUAUAUUUGAGUUAAUAACAAAAUCAGUAGGAUGGUUUAUCAUCAGCGAAGUUUGGAAUCUAGGGAAGGGGUCUCCUCUCUCUCUAAUGGAUCUGAACGCAAAAGAAUUAAUAGUUUUCCUCACAGACCCCACCGCAGCAGCAACUAAUAUUGCUAUAUCUACAGGAUAUUAUAUUUUGAAUGUGGUAACAUUUCUGGUUAUGGCUUCAUUCGGCACUUUUGGAGAAGAUGAGGAAACGAUUCUGAAGAAGACGGAUGUAGAUCCUGUAAACACUUACGACGCCCUUGAUGGAAAACUGUCUUUCCAAGGAAUGGCGAUUACUACUCUUGUAAAUGUAGUUUUGGCGUUUGGAGCUGUCUUGUUUUGGGUUUUUAUGAGUUACUUCCCCUCAGCCGCUAAACGGAAGCAGGAUCUAGUUGCACAAUCAAGUCUAAAUUUUGAAUCAGACGAAUUGAAAAAUAGUGAACAGACCCUUUAUAACUCUAUAGAAUACUAUGAUAGCUUAUAGUCAGUAGUCACGGUUUUAUUUUAAAGAUAUUUGAUUAUUCUUGAUUUAAAAAUAUCAAAUUAUAACUUUAUCCGAAGUUUUUGUGUGGAGGGUCGUUAAUCUUGAACGUUUGAUCUCGAUAUCCAAUGGGGAGACUUAAAAAAUUAAGGAUCAAUGCUUAAUCCAUCAAUUAAAAUUAUACCUGCUGGAUAUGACCAUCACAGGAUAUUAAAAAACGGUUAUAUUAAUCCGCAUAAAACGGAAACAAUGCUUUUUUCAGUAAUGCACAACAGAAAAAGUUCGGACGCAGUUUAUAAAUGUUUUUAUUCACAUUUUUGAAAAAAUUGCCUAAAAAAUAGUUUUUGGGGUUAGUAUUUAUUAUGUAUAAAUGUCUAUUUCUGUAAAUUGAAGGCAUUUUGAAUAAAAUUUUAUGAUUCUCACUGUAACAUAAACACGUUUACUUGAUGUCAUGAACUUUUGGUAAUUUAAAAAUAGUUUAAAGAGCUUAAGCUGUUAAUCAUAGAAUUUUUAUAAUGUUAAAACGGGUUGUUUGUAUUUAAUGAUUUUUGUUUGAGCAAUUAAUAGCAUAUUCAUAGAUAUUAUAAUGUUUUAAUAUUGUUAUAACAAUGUAAAGAGUUUGAAUGUUAUCUUCAGAAAAUAUUAAGUUAUUAUUUGGAAUAUAAUUUUUUGGCAUAGGGAUGGACAUCAUUUUAAAACGUUCGAAAAAUAUCGUUUUUAAAACGUUUUUAAAAACAAUUGGAAAA